CACAUAAAGCAGGAGAGGCGAGAGCGCCACGUGUACGGUCAGAUUUUGACGAAAUUGGCUGGGCACGCAAUGUUAGGUCAAUAUUAGGUGGCAUCUUCACGCAUCAGUUGAUUAUCUUUGCAGCUGUCUCUUCAAACCCUAGACUUUUCUCUCUCUAAAAAAAUCAUUCUCUCUCUAGAAUUUUCGUGUUGUUCCGAGAUGGAGAUGGAACGCGUGACUGAGCUGACGAUGGAUCGCCGGCCGAGAAAGAGGCCUCGUUUGGGCUGGGAUGUUCUUCCUCAAGGCCCUCAGGCUCAGCUAGGAUUCUUUUCUGGACAAGAGAUUGGAAACGUGACGAGCUAUGCACCUUCAAGAGCCAUCUGGGACCAAUCUAGUUCUCUGUUUGUUAAGGGCUUGGCUCGAAAUGGUUCUCCCCCGUUGCGAGAAGAUGACAAAGAUGGCCAUUAUAUGUUUGAGAUCGGAGAUAAUUUAACUUCUCGCUAUAAGAUUCACAGCAAGAUGGGUGAAGGUACCUUUGGUCAGGUUUUGGAAUGCUGGGAUAGGGAAAAAAAGGAAAUGGUUGCCGUGAAAAUUGUCCGUGGAAUUAAGAAGUACCGUGAAGCUGCAAUGAUUGAGAUAGAUGUGCUCCAACAACUUGGUAGACAUGACAAAGGUGGCAAUCGUUGUGUUCAAAUACGGAACUGGUUUGACUAUCGUAACCAUAUCUGUAUUGUCUUUGAGAAGCUUGGACCAAGCUUAUACGAUUUCCUACGCAAAAACAAUUAUCGCUCAUUUCCCAUUGAUCUUGUCCGUGAGAUUGGCAGACAACUGUUGGAUUGUGUAGCAUUUAUGCAUGAUUUGCACCUCAUCCACACGGACUUGAAGCCUGAAAAUAUUCUUCUAGUCUCACCGGAUUACAUAAAGGUUCCUGAUUACAAGGGUCUGUCGAGGUCACCCAAGGAUAGUUCAUAUUACAAGAGAAUUCCUAAGUCAAGUGCUAUCAAGGUAAUUGAUUUUGGCAGCACGACCUAUGACAGGCAGGACCAGUCGUACAUCGUCUCUACUCGGCAUUACCGAGCUCCUGAGGUCAUCCUAGGUCUUGGGUGGAGCUACCCUUGUGACGUAUGGAGUGUUGGCUGUAUCCUGGUGGAGCUCUGCUCGGGUGAAGCAUUGUUCCAAACCCAUGAAAAUUUGGAGCACCUUGCAAUGAUGGAAAGAGUCCUUGGACCACUACCCCAGCACAUGUUGAAGAAAGCAGACCGACAUGCUGAGAAGUAUGUUAGGAGGGGUAGGUUAGAUUGGCCGGAGGGAGCAGCAUCUAGAGAUAGUAUCAAAUCCGUAUUGAAGCUGCCUAGGCUUCAAAAUUUGAUAAUGCAACAUGUAGAUCAUUCUGCUGGAGACCUCAUUAAUCUGUUACAAGGCCUUUUGAAAUACGAACCCUCUGAAAGAUUGUCAGCUGAGGAAGCCCUACGGCACCCUUUCUUCACUAGGGAUCACCUGAGGAGAUAUUGAACAUUAGGGAGCCGGAGCUAAAUAUUGAUCCAUGUCAGGUCAACGUGAAGCAAUGCCAUGUUGCUAUGGAGUUGCACUUUUGGCCUUCAUACCAGCGAUGGAGCUGCACCGAGAUCUUAUGACCUCUUAUGAUGAAGGUCGAGGGUGAAACUCUGACCUGCUGCGCAAGUGAAAUUGUACAUAGAUUUACAUUUUGGGGGAGUUAUCGAGGCCGUGGAUCUCCCUUUCCUCCCUCUUGUCUUGUAUUUGGCAUUUGAGAAGUUUGCAAUUUUUUAUUUUUUAUUUGAUUUACCUGGGAUGUAGACUUCUUAACUAUAGAGGUAGAUUUGACCAACCGUUUCUGGCUUUGUUACGGUCUGUAUGUUUUGUAUCUAAUAAAGAGGCUUUUGUAAACAUA